AUGUGGAUCUGCUUCGACCCAACAGAAAGCCGAGUAGGCUGGGGUACUUCCAUUUCGUUUGUUGUGCUUCUAUACUGGACCUCCAUUACUAUCGAUGCUAGUUUAACGAAUGCAGCCGCAUCCAAUGUCCCACAUAGUACCGUUACGUCUGACGUAUCGCUACCAUCGUCGGCACACCAUGAUAACGACGAAUGCAGGAAUGUGACCACUGACAAUAGAGAGGGUACUGGACUGUCAGUGGUCAGCCAUGGAUCCGGUUAUCCUCAUUCGCCGAUAGUGCCUCCAUCUUUUCUGUACGGAGCUCUUACCUGCCAACCCUAUCAAGGAAUUUAUGUCAACCACAUCUACUUUCAACUUGCAAAUGCCUUCUUCCUAUUGUCACACCUUGCACCAAGCGGCAUACAUGGUGUACUUUAUUUAAGGUGCACUCUACUUGUGGGUUGUGCCUUUCUUGCUUUGUGGGGCUGGACAAUAGCUUGCUGGCUGGAUGCUGCUCUCUGGAAUGCUCUCUUUGUUACCAUCAACUUCGUCCAUGUAUGCACGCUUCUUUACAAGCUCAGGCCUAUCAAGUUUACAAGGGAAAUUGAAGAGGUAUACAUUGCAGUGUUCCAGCCAUUAAGGGUUUCUCGUCAUCAAUUCAGAAAAGUAUUAAAUUGUAUGAAGGUCAUUCGCCAGUUGAAAUAUCAAGAAGUUUAUGCACAAGAAAAAGUGACCAAAGUUGAUUCUUUAUCAUUGGUGCUGUCGGGAAAACUAGUUGUUUCACAAAGUGGAAGAGCAUUGCAUAUUGUCUUCCCACAUCAGUUCCUGGAUUCUCCAGAAUGGUUUGGUGUUUCAACAGACGAAUAUUUCCAGGUAUCAAUAACAGCUAUGGAAGAAUCAAGAAUAUUAUUAUGGCAUAGGGACAAACUAAAAUUAAGCAUAAUUAGCGAUCAAUUCCUGCAGGCAGUGUUUGAUCACAUUUUGGGAAGAGAUGUAGUUAAGAAAUUGAUGCAGGUCAGUGAAACAAUGGCUGCUAGCAAUCAUCAGCAGCAAAAUGGACAGAUAAUUGGUUUGGGUGGAAGAGCCUUAGAAAAUGAUGCUGAUACAAAACUUUUUGGUAAAAAGACUGGUGACAGUCAAGGCAUUACUGCUCUCAUUAGUCGUCAACUCCAAGCGGCAGGAGAUCCAAAUGCUUGGAGAUUGGGAAGAAUUGAAGAGACUGAUCAUGAAACACCUGUUUAAUGGAAGGAUUGUUAAAUCGAUGUCAUCCUCGACAGUCAAUAUAAAGUAACACCGGUGUUUUUACAUAAUACGAUUACACAACAAGCUGAUAUUCAUUGUGACUAAAAAAAUGGCAUGUUGAAAUUGUGCGUAAAACAAUUGAAGAUUCUCUUGCCAAUUAAUAAUUUUCCCAAUGACUAGUCAACUGUAUGCGAUAAUAAGAGGAAAUUCCAUCGUUUUGUAGCAUAUAAUGAAUUCCAAUCUAGUUUAUAAACCAACUAACAAUAAGUUUAUGCUUCCAGUAUAUUUGUUGGGUAUGCUUGAGCAUAUUUAAUUUAAGAGAAUGGGGCUGUAUUUAUAAUUUACUUUAGUCAAAUCGAUAUGUAUUCUGUGAUGGAUGAAUAAUGGAUUAAGACUUUACAAGUAUGCAGGUGUGUUUAUGAAAUGAGGGUGAC